AUGGUACGGUACAUGCUGGGGUCCAGUCUUGGCUGCUGGGAAGCGGUCAGGGUGAUAUAUCUUACGGCUUUGGCAGCGCUGCUGUUCACCUCGAAAGUCAAAUCACAAGCUGCACAGCCAUGUGCGGGCUACGAGGAUGAUACCAACAUAGUCUGCAUCAACAAAUACGCAUCGGUCCUCCCCCUCCCCUUCGACAGACCCUCCUUCACAACCGGUGCGGAUCCCGCAGAAGAUAACUUCAUCAACACUGAAGUCCCUGCAGACCCAUCCUUCAGCCUCAUCAAGAAUGCCUCCUUCCUGGUGUACAAUGAUAUUGGUCUCUCUCUUCUCGGUCCAAAGCCUAUCAUUGAGAAAAUGUUCACAACCCGCAACGACAGCAUCCACGAAGCAUCCGUCUACGUUCCCGGUCUGAAUGUCAUCAUCUUCUCCCAGCCGCACCAGGGCGUAUAUCAGCAACAACUCAUCAACCUGAACCACACGCCCCCGCCUACCAUCGAGACCUACACAACAACCCCACCAAUCUACGCCGUCAACGGCGCAAAACUGCACCAAAACCACAUCUACUGCGCGAGCGAAGCGAGCUACCCCUUCCCCUCCCCCACACCACCGGCGACCCUACCCUCCAAACCCCAGGCCUCCACCGUCUCAACCCCUCCACAACCGCGACAGAAACCCUCCUAA